AUGGACUCACGUGUUGCUGCAGUGAAGGCACCCCGCACACACAACCGUUGCCUUAACACCGGAUCGAGCGGGAGGAGGAGGGAAGGAAGAGAGAGUGAGCGGCAGAGGCCCAACAUGUUCCGGCAUUUGUUUAAUUUCGCGGUGCUGCUGCUCCUCGUCACGACGAUGUGCUGCGGCACUGGUGGAGCUACGUCUGCAAAGGAGAAUGGUGGCAACAGUGAUUUAAGAAGUGUUGAGGAGCUGCAAUGGGUCGAUCUAUUUGUGCCGCAGAAGACGCCGGUACUGUCGAAAGGUGGAGAUACUUCAGAGAAGAUGUGGGAUUCAUUUGUUUCACCCUCUCUCGUCAGUGCUGGUGGAGUAAUUGCUGCUUUUGCCGAAGGCCAAAUAAAUGCUCAAUAUACCGCUGAUGGUAAAUUAAUUAGGCCGACUUCUUCUGAUGUUGUUGCGGGAUACAUUGACUCUGCGUGGGAAUGGCCCACUCUUGUUGGUGAGGUCAAUAAAGAAACAUGGCGGGCACACAGCGUGCUUGUUAAAGCGGAGGGAAAGGAGAGUUUGGAUGUUGUGCGCCACCCCACAACAACGAUGAAGGACAAAAGAGUUUUUCUUCUUGUGGGAAGCACUGCCUUGUCCGAUGUAAAUGGGAGUUGGGGACAGGGCAGCUUGGAGCUGAAACUGGUUGUGGGUGAUGUCACGAAGCCUUCUGCGGACAGCGAGCCGAGAGAGUGGAUAAAAUGGAGCGAAGUUCAAUCGCCGGUGAAGCAGACUACUUUGGCUGUUCAAGGAAGAAAAUUGACGGAGUUUGUUGCUUCUGGUGGCGCAGUUGUUCUGAUGGAGGAUGGCACGCUUGUGUUUCCACUGAUGGCGAAGAGCGGAAAUGGUGUCGUUUACUCCAUGAUCAUUUACUCGACGGACAACGGCAGUACCUGGGCGCUCUCAAAGGGCGUUUCACCUGCGAAAUGCCUUAAUCCUCGCAUCACCGAGUGGGAGGGAUCACUUCUCAUGAUUGUUGACUGCGAGGAUGGCCAGAGGGUGUACGAGUCGCGUGACAUGGGAACAACGUGGACGGAGGCUGUCGGGACGCUUCCAGGCGUGUGGGCCAAACCCCAACCAGAAGACUCCAAAAAUGUAAGCCUGCAUGUGGGAGCUCUCAUCACCGCGACCAUUGAGGGAAGGAAGGUCAUGCUGUACACUCAGAGAGGGUACGCCUCGGGGGAGAAUAAGGCCAAUCCGCUCUACCUUUGGGUCACGGACAACAACCGCUCGUUUUAUUUUGGACCGGUUGCCAUGGACAAUGCUGCGAAUUCGAUGCUCGCCAGCGCCCUGCUUACUCGGAGGCAAU